AUGCUCUCGGCACAUCGCAACAGAUUGUUGCGCUCAAACCAUGCUGGGCAGAGAGUUUUCGUUAGUUGCUGGGCCUCGACGGAUACUUACAUCUUAUCCUCCUCGAAGAAGAAGUCAUCCUCGGUGUCCGUCAGCAUUUUCCGUGAUAAAAAAUACACUUGUUUAUUUUGGCAACUGAAGUUCCUCCAACUGUCAUCGGGGCUGACGGCCGAUUUGAAAAGUAUCGCAUCGCACUGCGAAUGGCAAACUCCAGGGGAAAUCGAACAUUCUCACGGGAAAAUGACCACUUGUUGCCUAGGAAACACCGAGGAAAAGCGUAAACAAAAGAUGAUGGACUGGGCCGAGGAACUCAAGAUGACCAUAAGAAAGACGACGGCCAGGAAGGGCCGGCGCUCCAAGAGCCGCGAUGUCUUGAAGGAGGACUCCUCGCAGGCGCCCGCAGGCUCCAAGGACAUUUCCAUCGACAUCACCCUGAAUGUCCAGGCAGGCUCUCCGCCCACAACCUCGGACACGGCCACCUCGUCCACCUACAACAAUGAAUUCGAGUCGCACCGACCGCCCAUCCGUCGGAUUUCGGGAGGUUGGGCGGAUUCGGGACUGAAGGGGUUAAAGUCCAAGAAGAACAACUCCUUUGAUGACGAGCGUUUCAGGCAAACCAAGUCUGCUACAAAUUCCAUUCCUACUGAUGACAUUCCCGUCAUUCCAGACAUGGAUGAUGUCAAAGAUGAAAUUAUGCUCAAUGAGAUAGUGGAACCUCCUACUAUGGGCACUUCUCGAUCCGCUGUCCUAAAGGAGGCCAAUUCCGAGUUGCUUUCCCAGUACGCCUUUUCUGCAGUGGACGGCUUCGAUCUCUCAGUCCUAACAGACUGCCUGGUUCCACAGGAGAGUCUCAGCGAGAAGGACGAUCUCUGGCAGUGGGACCAGCUCUUUACCGAGGUCACGGCCGAAAUCCAUUCGGAUAAGGCGCCCAUCAUAGGCAUGAAGAUAGGACCUGAUGUCGUACCCCCGACACAAUAUUCCUAAGGGAUUUAAACCUAAAAUUUCAGUGCAAUACAAAUACUCAAUAUAAAUAUUAAGGGAGCACAAAUGCAUUUCUUGCCGUCUAUGAUCACAAAAUAUACUUAACAGCGAAACUCAUUAAAAUUCGAAUUUGAAAUAUUAUAAA